UGGACACCUAAUAUUUUGACGUCUGCCGGUCCGUGCAUAGAUGUGGGUGUGUUUACGUUGACGUCAUCGCAGUUUUUCCGACAGGAUCACAUUUUGAGACAUCAGCAUCAUGUUCCAUGGGAUACCAGUCACUGGAGGAGGAGGAGCUCCGGCAAAUAAACCUGAGCUAUAUGAGGAGGUGAAAUUAUACAAAAAUGCAAGGGAACGAGAAAAGUAUGACAAUAUGGCGGAGUUGUUUGCUGUCGUCAAAACACUACAGGCCCUGGAAAAGGCUUACAUUAAAGACUGCGUAACGCCUAAUGAGUACACCGCCUCCUGUUCCAGACUCUUGGUUCAGUAUAAGGCUGCUUUCAAACAGGUGCAGGGCUCUGACGUGGGCUCCAUCGAUGACUUCUGCAGGAAAUACAGACUCGACUGUCCACUAGCAAUGGAACGGAUUAAAGAGGAUCGGCCAAUCACCAUCAAGGAUGACAAGGGCAACCUGAACCGCUGCAUCGCAGAUAUAGUUUCACUCUUCAUCACUGUGAUGGACAAGCUGAGAUUGGAGAUCAGGGCCAUGGAUGAGAUCCAACCAGACCUGAGGGAGCUGAUGGAGACUAUGAACAGAAUGAGUAACAUGCCUCCAGACUCAGAGGCCAAGGACAAAGUCAAUCUCUGGCUGACCACCCUGAGCAGCAUGUCGGCCUCGGAUGAGUUGGAUGAUAAUCAGGUGCGCCAGAUGCUCUUUGACCUGGAGUCGGCCUACAACGCCUUCAACCGCUUCCUCCACUCCUCUUAAAGCGCCUCUCUGUCACAGAUAAAUCUGGAAUCCUGACUCUAAAACCUGUUAAUUUAAAAGAAGAAGAAUGCUGCUUUCUGUGGAUUUACGUCCCCUCCUCCUUCUGUUCUUCUUGCUGUACAAUUGGUCUCUGUGUUCGUCAGCUCGGCUCGCUCUGUUCUGUGACCUGUUAUGCCCCCCCCUCCUUUUCUAUCCAGACUUGUGUGAUAAAUGCAUUAACAGUGGCUGAACUUUGUACUGUAACAUCGAGAAGCCUAUUUUAUACCUGGGGUUUGCAGCAAACCAAUAAACAAACAUGAUACAGGUGUUUUUGGAAAGAUCUGUAUAACAGUAGAUUUCUUAUCUUUUCAUACCCUAAUUGUAUUUCUGACUUUCACAUAUAAUUUACCACAUUUGUUUUCUACUAACAGGUUUUUGCUGUAGUAUCGUAUAUAAUUGUAAUUACAUAAUUAUUUGGGCUUUAAGAUGAUUAGUCCGCAGUUCAAACGACUCAUAUUGAAACUAAGGUGAAAGAAAAUAGUUCUGAUUUUGAUUUUUCUGUCACUGUCUCUUCUCAUGUCUUAUCCAUUAUUUUCUUUUAAGUAAAGGAUUCAUCAAGUGGGCAAAAAAGGGAGCAGGACUCACCGCCUCCCUUUUGUUGUUUACCAAAUAUGUUUCAGCUCCCAAACACCAUUAGGGAGAACACAUUUAUUGCAAUGUAUCGUUGUAAAUAAUAGGUUUGAUUUUUAAAUAAAAGCAUGUAACAUCUUUUUAGGAAUAAAUUUUAAAAGGAAAGAAAAAAUCUACAUCCA